AUGCCACGUAAGCUACGUAAGAAUAUACGUAAGAGGAAGAGAGCAUUGAAACAUCCAAUAGUAAAACUGACACCACAACAACAGUUGCAACAACAAAUAAUGAAUGACCCCACUAUGUUGCAACAAAUGUCAAGCAACCCUAUGCUUUUAAACCGAGUUAUUGGUGCACAGAGUGGGGGUUUAAGAGCGGCACUUUUAGCGAAAAUGGCAGGCUAUGGUGGAGCUGCAGACGGAACAGCUUAUAACCCUCAAAGUCAAAUGAAUUUGAGUUCACUCAAAAAUCAAAUAACAGAUGUCAAAAAGUCAAACAUAGACAUACAGAAACAAAUAAGUGAAAACGAAAAGAAACUAGAAUAA